CUCCAAGAGCAAUAACCUCUUGCAUUACAUUUCAUUGGUACAAACUGUAAGCAACCAUCUGAUCAGAAAUGGCGUACUCAAAGACUAUGCUUCUUGUUGCCUUUGCCGUUCUCCUCAUCACUGCUGAGGUCUCAGCCCAUCGUGGCCUAACUGAGUCAACCACUCCAACUACUACUGAUGGCAGAGGGGGAUAUAGCCACGGAGGCAAUGGAGGAUACAACGGGGGAGGCAGGGGUGGACACGGAGGAUACAACGGGGGAGGCAGGGGUGGACACGGAGGAUACAAUGGAGGAGGCAGGGGAGGAAACGGAGGAUACAACGGAGGAGGAAGCAAUGGUGGCUAUCAACAUGGAGGAAAGGGAGGACGUGGAGGACACGGAGGUCACGGUGGUCAUGGACUCGAAACCGAGAACUAGAUAUAUGAUAAUCAUCAUGCUGCUGCAAGAGUAUUAGGAUGGGAGCAUGCACUAGCUAGCUUCUUUGCUGAUCAAUAAAUGUGUAUUGAUUGAGUAGUCUACAAGCUUUCAUUCAUGCAUAUCUCUGUAAUUCGAUCCUCGGAUCUACUUGUUUUAGUACGCACUACCUAUUUUCUACUUUA